AUGCACGUCCUUCCUCCACUUCCUUACGACUACGAUGCUCUGGAGCCUGUGAGUUCAAAGCAAAUCAUGACUUUACACCAUGAUAAACAUCAUGCAACCUACGUCACAAACCUCAACGCCGCUUUGAAGGAUCAUGCAGCUGCAACUCAGACAAACGAUGUCUCGGCCUUGAUCUCUCUUCAGCAGAAGAUCCGCUUCAACGGUGGCGGUCACAUCAACCACUCUCUCUUUUGGAAAAACCUCACUCCCCCCGGCACUCCGGCUAACAAUAUUGUGACCGCGGCACCCGUUCUGCGAGAGGCUAUUCUUUCCCGCUGGGGCUCGGAGAAGGCCUUCACCGAUGCCUUUGAGGCUGCCUUGCUCGGAAUCCAGGGAAGUGGGUGGGGUUGGCUGAUUGCGAGGGGUCAGCUUUUGGAGAUUGUCACGACCAAGGAUCAGGACCCGGUGGCUGGUGGUGAUGUUCCUCUGGUCGGAGUUGACAUGUGGGAGCACGCUUUUUACCUUCAAUAUUUGAAUAACAAGGCAGGCUACUUGAAGGCUAUUUGGGAGAUCAUUAACUGGCAGGAGGCGGAGAACCGUUACACUGCUCGGACCAAGCUGUGA